AUGUAUCUUGGAUUGAAAGGCCGCAACUUGCAAUGGGGAGUCACCAUUGCCUCUGGUGCAGGAUUCCUGCUCUUUGGAUUUGAUCAGGGCGUGAUGUCGGGCCUGCUGACGGGUGCCGCGUUCACGCACCAGUUCCCGGCGAUUGACACGACGGCCACAGGCCACGGCAGCUCAUCGCUGCAGGGCACCGUGGUGGCCAUCUACGAGAUUGGCUGUUUCUUUGGCGCACUGUUUAGCUUCGCGUUUGGAGAGCGGCUUGGAAGACGCUGGAGUAUCAUGAUCGGGUGCCUGACCCUGUCUGUGGGAGCCGCAAUCCAAACCUCUGCGUACGGCGUUGCACAAUUGAUUGUGGGACGGAUUGUCGCCGGGCUGGGAAACGGCAUGAACACGGCCACGAUUCCUGUCUGGCACUCGGAAAUCUGUAAAGCCCACAACAGAGGCCGCGAGCUGUCGAUCGAGCUGGCGAUCAACAUUUUUGGAGUUAUGACGUCAUACUGGGUUGACUACGGCAUGAGUUAUGUCGACAGCGAGGCCCAGUUCCGGUUCCCGAUCUCGUUGCAGAUUGUGUUUGCGCUCUUCACGCUCGCAGGAGUGAUGUUCUUGCCGGAGUCGCCACGGUGGCUGAUUGCCCACGACCGCCAUGCAGAGGCCAAACAGGUGAUCCAUCUGACGAUGCAUAACGCUGAGCAGAUAACCGACGACGACCCAAGUGUGGUGCACGAAAUCGAGCUGAUCAACGAGGCACUUGCCGAAGAACGCCAGUCUGCGAAUGUCGGCUUCGCCGCCGUCUUCACCAACGGACCGCAGCGCUUUUUCUGGCGUACCUUUUUGGGCAUGUUUUCGCAAUUCAUGCAGCAGCUGUCGGGAAUCAACCUGAUUACGUACUACGCCACGAGCAUCUUUGAGGAGUCCGUUGGUAUGGACCACAACUUGGCGCUGCUGAUGUCAGGGUUCAACGGAAUUGCGUACUUUUUCUCGUCGCUGCUCCCGAUUUGGUUGCUCGAUAGAAUCGGCCGCCGCAAGCUGAUGCUUUUUGCCGUGAUCGGACAGGGCUCGUGUAUGGCGAUUCUGGCCGGCACGGUCUCGAACGGCAACACGGCGUCCGGAAUAGUCGCCACGAUUAUGCUGUUUAUGUUCAACUUCUUUUUCGCCGUUGGUCUGCUUGCUAUUCCUUGGCUGCUCCCAGCAGAGUACGCGCCUUUGGCGAUCCGUACGAAGGCUGCGGCGCUGGGCUCUGCCAGCAACUGGAUUUUCACGUUUUUGGUCGUUGAGAUCACGCCGUCGAGCGUCUCCAACAUCGGUUACAAGACGUACAUCUACUUCUGCGUGUUCAAUUUCUGCUUUGUGCCGAUGAUUUAUUUCUUCUACCCAGAAACGAAAAACCUCCCGCUCGAGAAAAUCGACCGCAUGUUUGUGGGGGAGAAGGUCCACUUGUUCUGGAACGACGCGCUCGAAGACGACUUUGCGCUUGUUGCCGACAAGGCCGCCGAGAAAGCGGAGGUCGAGAUGGUGGAGUCAGGUGUGUAA